AUGGGGUUGGAGAUCCAGGCGGACAACCUGAUGGACAAACUGGAAAAACCCUUAUUGCAUCAUCUUCCUGACUCCUUGGUGUCCAACAUGAACGGAGGGAUCACCCGCAAGUCUAGAACAUUUCCUCAGAAAUGGGAUUUGGGGAUUUUUACUGCCAGUAUUUUCGUGGGCACUUCUUGCCUGCCUCCGGGCAGGACCAUUGUGGCCUCUCUGAAAAAUGUUUUGGUUACUACCCCCAAUCUUCAGAGUAACCAAAAAUGUGUGAGCCAUGAUGGAGAUUUCCUCUUCACAGAUCAGUGGAGAUUUGACUUUCUGCUGCAUAACAGGAAGUACACUCAACCUGGUGCAUCACCGUUUGUUUGUUUUUCUUGUUGUGCCCCAGGUGAGCUUUCGGUGGAGGAGGCGCAGGACCCUUUCCUGGUUAGCAUCCACAUCAUUGCAGACCCGGGGGAAUCCCAACCCCUGCAGGAGGCCAUCGACAAGGUCUUGGCUUGGAUCCACCCAGACCUGCAGCUGUUCCGGGUCUCGGAAAGGCGGGCAUCCCGGCGGCGGCGGAAGCCCUGGAAGGUGGCGCAGCCGGCGCUGGCCGUGGUUCUUUUCCUUCAGGAGGAGUACGGUGAGGAGCAGAUCCUGCAGCUGCACCGCACGCUGCAGCGGGCGCCCUGGCGCCACCACCACACGGAGCGCGUGCCUGGCAGGUUCCUGCCCUACCUGCCCUGCAGCCAGGACUUCUUCACGCUGGCCCCCGGGACCCCGCUGUGGGCCAUCCGGCCCGUGCACUACGGCAAGGAAAUCGUGCGCUUCACCAUCUACUGUCGCCACGACAACUACGCCGACAUCCUCAAGUUCUACGAGCUGAUCCUCCGGCGCAGCCCCAGCCAGAGGAAGACGGACUUCUGCAUCUUCCCCAUCUUCUCCAAUCUGGAUGUGGACAUCCAGUUCUCCCUGAAAAGGCUGCCCUGUGACCAGACCCCCGUCCCCACCGAUUCCUCGGUGCUGGAGUUCCGGGUCAAGGACAUCGGUGAGCUCGUGCCUCUCUUGCCCAACCCCUGCAGCCCCAUCAGUGAGGGCCGAUGGCAGACGGAGGACCUCGACGGGAACAAGAUCCUCCUGCAGGUAGCCAAAUGGGAAAACGGAGAUGCCUGAGCCAGAUGUUUAAAAAAAACUGAAG